AGUCCACGCUGCUCUCCUCCUCCUCCUGCUGUCGUUGUUUAAAAAGGCUGGGCUUCAACUGAACAUCCAGUCGGAGUGACCACUCUUUUUGUGUUUUCUACCGUAAACCUCAGCUUUAAGAGGACCUCUACGUUGCUCCAGACCUGUCGGAAUGACAUUGAACAACAUAAAGUCUUUCAAGCUGGAGCUGGAUGGUCCAGCCGAUGCAGCGUUCACCGGAGGGGAGGUGGUGUCCGGCCAGGUGGUCCUAGAGCUCCGCAGGUACACCAGGGUGCAGUCCUUGAAGGUGCAGGGUCGAGGGGUAGCCAUUGCACACUGGCUCGAGAACCGUGGCAUGAACUCAGUCUAUAACGACUACACCUCCAAGACCACAUACUUCAGGAAGAGACAGCAUCUGAUUCGAGGCAGAGAGACCGAGCCAGGCUGCUGCUCCCGGACACCAGCAGGUGGCGUGCUGAGCUUUAUUUCACCCCAGGUCAGAACUUUCUGAAUGUAUUGAGAAAACAAACGCGAUACAAAAAUAUGUCAUAAUUCUGCUGCUUCACCAAUUUUUAGAAGGACCCAAUUUUACUCAAAGAAAGGAAAAGCCUUUUGUACUGUUUACUUUUAUUCUUAGAAUGAAAUUAGGGAAUUGACAGUGAGGAGAUUCUAAGUCGGAAAGCCCCUGUAAAUACCUCACUUGAUGAUUAUUCUAUUCAAAUCUACUUUAAGUCUUUUCUCCGAAUCACACAUCUCCUGUUCAGUUCAGGCUGUGUAAAAACAAUUCCAUACAGCUGUGCACAUUGCCUCUACCAAACCAGACGGUGGCACUGGAGAGCUAACUUCUUGCUCCCAGGGAACAAAGGAGAGUAAACAACUUUUUUUUUUCUCUGCCCAGACUUGAGUUUUGUUGCGAGGACUUUUAAAUUGAAUGACAAGACUAACCCAGCUGGGAAACGAAGCAGUGUUUGUUUGGUUUAUUGAUUGAAUAGUUUGCACAAAAAAAAAGUACAUUCUUCUCCAAAUUGACUUUGUUUGCAACUGUUGAAAGUGACUUUAAAGUGUUUAUGAAAAGGCUGGAUGAGUGCUAUGAUUUAUUACACAUUGCAUACAUUUUCUUUAUUCUCGGACAUGUUGUUUGUUCUAUGAUUUAUGUGCUGUAUCAAUCUAUCGUUGAAGUUUGAAUGACUGUAGUUGUUUAUUCAUGCAGGGAUCUGCUGUUGCAUAAAAUUGUGCAUAGCUGUGUGUUUUCCAUGUGCUGUGUAACGGUAUGUCCAAAGUGACAUAGAAGAAGUGGAGUAAACAGCUUUGGUCCAGAAUGAAACUAUUUUCUUCUGAGCUGAGUAGGGCGGAUCUCAGCCAGACGGAGGCAUGCUCAGUAAGCCUGUUUUCUUCUUAGAGAACCUGUAACCAUCAAUCACUUGCAGGCCCUGUUUUCCUCUCUGCUGCCUCCACACCCAGUCUGCAUGUUUAUUAUGUAGCCUUCAGGUUCUGCGGGAAAUGUGAGCAUUAAUAAAAGUGCUGCACAUAAGUUACAAAACUAAGUUGUAAGUAGAACUGAAGACGUGAGAAUUUUACCAGACACCAACGUUCUUAAGAUGGGACUGUCUGCUGAUUUCACUUGUCCCACCCAAGUUUUUGAAAGUCAGAUUACUUGUGGAAAAAGCUGCUGCAAUGUUUGUGAAAACCCCAGAUCUUCUACUGUUCACCAAUUAAAACUUUCUUGAAACGUUUUGUUGUUGAUUUUAAGCAAAGUAAGUAGCCAGAUGCAGUUGGAUAUCCUUUUUACAAAUGCAGCACUGAGAAGUCGGUACCAUGGAGGAGCUCCUG